UAAAUGGGAUUUUUUUUUUCAGAACCAAAAGGUUUAGGGUUUAAGGAGAGUUGUUCUAUUCACGAGAGACGAUGAUAAUGGAGUUCACAUUCACAUCUCAUUGUUCUGUUCUAAAACUCCCAAGAACAUCCAGAUUAACUUCAAAUAAUUCCUUCAUUCACCAUAGAACUGUUGCGGCAAACUCGAGCAGAAAAGACCUAGCAAGAAAUCAUGGAAGCUUACAAGCUAAUUUAACAAACAAUUUCAAGAGCAUUAGUAAGUUCAAUUCAUACCAUAGAUGGAACAGAGGAGUAAUUGUGUGUGUUAAGUCAAAUGAGAAUGAGAAGAGUUCUUCUGGAGAAAACUCUGAUAAUUUGAAUAUUAGUAUGAUUGGUGGAGCAGAACCAUUUCGUGGGAAAUCAGGAUCUGUUUCAUUUCAUGGAUUGACUCAUCAAAUGGUAGAGGAAUCAAAACUUGUUUCUUCACCUUUUAAGGAUAUUAAUGCUACCUCCUUACUUUGGAUUAUGGCACCUAUUGCGUUCAUCUCAUCGCUUGUACUUCCACAAGUUUUCGUCGGCUCUGUAAUAGAUUCAUUCUUCAAGGAUGAGAUUCUGGCAGAACUUGUGACUUCAAUCUCGACUGAGGUUGCAUUUUAUAUGGGGCUUGCGAUAUAUCUGUUCACAACCCACACAAUACAGAAGCCUUAUCUUCAAUUCAGCCCCAAGAGAUGGGGACUGAUCACAGGUCUCAAAGGAUACAUGUCAUCUGUUUUCUUUAUAAUGGGGGUCAAGGUUUUAGCUCCAUUGUUAGUCAUGUAUGUAACCUGGCCAGUUCUCGGUUUAUCUGCCUUGAUUGCUUGUGGACCUUUUCUUGCUGGAUGUUUGGUUCAAUAUUUAUUCGAAGAAUUUCUAACAAAACAAGAGUCUUCUUGCUGGCCUUUAAUUACAAUCAUUUUUGAGGUCUAUCGAUUGUAUCAGCUAUCAAAGGCUGCUCAUUUUGUGGAGACAUUGAUGUUUAUGAUGAAGGAUACUAAGGUUACACCCGAGGUGCUGGAGAGGAAUGGGGCUUUGAUAUCGUUGGUGGUUACUUUCCAAAUCUUGGGCAUUUUUUGCCUUUGGUCUUUCCUCACGUUUCUUAUGAGGCUUUUCCCUUCAAGACCUGUUGCAGAAAAUUACUAAUUAUGUGGCCAGAGACUCUUGUGUUAUUAUGAUGGCCCUAAAAAUGUUUUUUUUUGUAGUAUGUUGCUGCUAUUUUUUACAUUCCCUUUUUACCUUCAUUUCUUAAUGUUUGCUGGCCUUGUGAAGAUUUGAGUAGAGAAAUAUGUGUUGGAAGGAUAUGGGAGCAAUUAGUAGGAGUGUGACCUUAAUGUUUUUUUUUAUUAAUUAUGAUUAUAAAGAU